AUGGCUGGUUCUGACGAGGCCGCAGCGGCCACUGUUAACAAGCGCCCCCACUCCGAGGUCGAUGCCGCCGACAAUGGCGACGAUUCCUCCUCAGACGAUGACUUCGGUCCCGCACUGCCCUCCGAGGCAGCUCCGAAGAAGAAAAGACGAAAGCUGCCCUUCGAGAAGGUGUACAUCAAUGCGCUGCCCGCCUCGGCGCGAUACUCCAAGUCGCUGAUGCACAAGGACCAAUUGUCCUUUGUGACGGUCACUCCUUUCACAGAUUUUGUGAUUACCAGCUCGGUGGAUGGUGUAGUCAAGUUCUGGAAGAAAAUGGCGGACGGCAUUGAGUUUGUGAAGGAGUUCCGCGCCCAUCCAGGUGAGAUCCGCAGUGUCAACGUCAGUGCCGAUGGUCGUAGUUUUGCGACGGCGGGUGUGGACAAGACGGUUAAGAUCUUUGAUGUUAUUACCUUUGAUCUAUUGGCCAUGUACACCCUCGAAUUCGUCCCUCGAUGUGUAUGCUGGGUGCAUCGACGAGGAGCAUCCCUACCAUUGCUUGCUGUAACCGAUGAGUCUAGCAGUACCUUCCAAGUAUUUGAUGGACGCGGCGAGAACCCGCAGCCUCUACACACGGUGAAGUCGGUUCAUCGCUCUCCAAUCGUCUCGAUGGCGUUCAACAAUGCGUUCGACUGCGUGGUCUCCGCCGACGAAUCAGGCAUGAUUGAGUAUUGGCGCACAGGAGACGGAUCUUUUGAGAAACCGGAUAAUGUCUUCGAGCUCAAAUCGUCCACCAACUUGUUUGCCUUUAAGAAGGCCAAAUCCACCGCUACUGCGAUCACAAUCUCGCCCUCUGGGGAGCAUUUCGCUACGGUGUCUUUCCCCGAUCGCCAGAUCCGCGUGUUUGAAUUCGCGACGGGUAAACUCUACCGCACAUACGACGAGUCCAUUGCGACUAUCAUGGAAAUGCAACAGGCGGGCACCGCGCCGUAUCAGCUGGAGGAAGUGGAAUUCGGGCGCAGGCUUGCAGUCGAACGAGAAUUGGAAGGAGAAGCCACCCGGAGCAAGUUCAAUGUUUCCUUCGACGAGUCCGGCCACUUCUUGCUUUAUGGAUCAUUGUACGGCAUCAAGUGCAUCAACACGUAUACGAAUCGCGUGGUGCGAGUAUUUGGGCGGGAGGAGCCUUUCCGAGCCUUGAACCUGGCUCUGUACCAGGGCCAGCCGCAGCGUAAGGGCGUAGUGACUGUGUCCAUGGCUGCUAGCAGUAACCCUCUGCUACAGGAGGCCGAGGAGCGUGAUGCCAUCCUUGUCAGCACCGGAUUCGCCAAGGUCCGGUUCUACCUAUUCACCAAUGAAACCGAUAUUUCCAAGAGCAGCCGUGACGUACAGAACGAGAAACCUACUCAAGUUGUCGGUGCCUCUGAUGCAGGCGCAGCCAAGCCUCAGGAGACUGGUACCGCUGCAGUUCUGCACACCACCAUGGGUGAUAUCCACCUCCGCCUGUUCCCCACUGCUGCCCCUCGCACUGUUGAGAACUUUGUUACCCACGCCCGACAAGGAUACUACAAUAACACGAUCUUCCAUCGAGUAAUCCGCAAGUUCAUGAUUCAGGGCGGUGACCCUCAAGGUGACGGCACCGGCGGCGAGUCCAUCUGGGGUGGAGAAUUUCCCGAUGAGUUCUCGAGUCUGCGCCACGACAAGCCAUAUACCCUGUCGAUGGCGAAUGCCGGACCAAACACGAACGGAAGUCAAUUCUUUAUCACAACAGAGAAGACCCCAUGGCUUGAUAAUAAACACACCGUCUUUGGUCGUGCCGUCCAAGGUCUAGACGUGGUGCAUAAGAUUGAAAAUGUGAAGACGCAUAAGGAGAAGCCCGAGGUGGACGUCAAGAUUGUGAGUAUCAGCAUUUCUUGA